AUGGAACGUGACGCCUUCAGAAUGUUUCCAGCCAUAGAAUUAAUUGAUUUAAGAUAUAACUUUAUCAGUGAAAUUGAAUGGGAAGCAUUCCGUUUAUAUCGUCUUAAGCAGCUUAUCAUUGCAAAUAACAAUCUCACUUUAGAAGUGCUUGAUUUGUCAUACAAUGAUAUCAAAAUAAUUCCAAGUAUUGAUAUGAGACAACUUGUCAGUUUACGCACUCUUAAAUUGGGCGCUAAUCAUUUUAAACGGAUUGCAAACUCUGAACUUAAGCAUCCCAUGUUGCAUGAGAUUGAUUUAUCUUACAGUUCUGAACUACGUGUUUUGGAACAGUUUGCAUUUUCCCAAAUACCAAAUUUACAAACUGUCAAUUUAAGCUACUCAAAAUCACUGACUUAUCUAUCACCACGCGCUUUUAUCAACAACACCAUGCUUUAUAGCGUAGACUUUUCGCAUUGUGCGUUAGAAGUCCUGCCGAGUGAACUAUUAUCCGCAGUAUCACAAGGCUUUUUUGAUCAUAAUCCUUUGAGUUGUGACUGUAUCGUUAAGGCUAUUACAAAGGAUAUAUCUCAUCUUCGCAAUUUAGAACAAACUACCUGCUCAUCUGCGAAAGGAGUUUUGAGGAGUAUAGCAACUUAUGCGACAUGGACGCUUGAAGAAUGUCGUCCAGAACUUGUAUUACCGUUUGGUCAAUCAAUGGAAGCCAUAAUCGGAGAACAAUGCUCCAUUUAUUGUGCAUCACGACAGCCAUCGGAUCGAUUGUCAUGGAGACUUCCGAAUCGGACCGAUAUUUCAAUUAUAAAUUAUUUUGCAAAUCCAACAAAGGAAAUAAAUUCAUACUUUUUCACAUAUCGCCAAUUUAAUUUCGAUCAGAAGGCGACAAAUGUGUUACAGCCACGUGUAUGGGCAACAAAUGAACAAAUCUGGUUAGAUGUUGUGUUAGCAGAAGAUGAAGGCGAAUAUCGGUGCACAGUUAAGCGAAAGAAACAUUUUGUUCAUCAGACUAUACGUUUACGAGUUAAGGAGCCCCUCAUCACUCUUUAUGUUAUCGAAGUUGGCUCACAUUAUAUUACGCUGGCAUGGAAUGCAUCAUUACCUAUACAUGCUAGAGAUCGAGUUCAUUUUUUUAUAGCUGUACGUGAUAAACAUGGAUUGAAUAGCAGGACGGUUCAACUAUCGCUAUACAAUCCAUGGCAUACUUAUAAUAUCAUGAAGCUGAAAGCUGCGGAAAAUUAUACUUUCUGCUUGUAUUAUACAUUGGUCAAUGGUAUGCAGGAAAGUAUUCUUGAUAAACCGAUUUAUGAGACAUGCUUGCAGCAGCGUACUGCUCCCAAUUUAUCAUUCAUCGAAUCUAUCAACCUGUCCACCUUACAUAUCACUAUUUUUAUCGUGCUACUUUUCUUUUCGUUGGCUUUUUUCCGAGUUCUACGCGCACCUUUCUAUAUAUGGCAGAUGCAAAAACAUAAGUCAAGAAUAAAUCAAAGUAUCAGUGGACAAAUUUUCAUGUUAUCUGUAUCAAAUAGUGCUGACCAAAUUGCCGCAACUUAUGAAAAUCAAUUGGAGGUUAAUAAUAAAUAA